AUGUUAUAUCAAAAAUCCGUAAAGUCUUUUGGAGCAAUUACAUUAGAAAAUGGUUUAAAGAUCACAGAUAUAACUAAACAACCACCACAUUGUGUUUCUUCAUUACCAAUAACUACUAAAGAUUUCACUCUAUUAUACAAUUCAGAUACUUCUUCAAUUAUCGAGAAACUCGAAAAAUAUGGAGUAUGUAUUGUUAGGAAUUUGAUACAAGAGGAAAAAUGUGAUAAAAUUGUUGAAGAAUUAGAUCCUUAUUUCUUUAGAGAUGAAGCUUGGAAUGGAUCACCAUUUCCAAAAGAAACCACAGUAGUUACGAGAAGCAUUUUAAAAUCACCUACUUCAGCAGACUUCAUCCUUUGCAAUGAUUUAUUUGUACAACUUUCUUCACGGUUUUUGAGUGAGUCGAAUUACUUUUGGACGGGGAAUCAAAUCAGAGAAGGCAGUAGUUAUAUACAACUUAAUUCAGCAAUUACAUAUAAGGUAGGCCCCAAUGCAAAGGAUCAAAUGUAUCACCGGGAGGAUAUGAUUCAUCACAAUAUCCACGAAGAGAAUGAUACCUAUAAAUAUGGCUCGGAAACUCUUCUAGGAUUAUCAAUAGCCUUGACAGACACCACUAAAGCUAAUGGAGCCACGAGAGUAAUUCCGGGUUCCCAUUUAUGGGGGCCGAACAGAUGCCCAGAUAAUAAUGAAGGCAAUGCUUGCUAUUUAGAGCUAGAAAAGGGGGAUUGUGCUUUCAUUCUCGGAUCUACUUAUCAUGCUGCAAGUUCAAACAUGACAUCAGAAGAUAGGAUCACAUCCUUCUAUUUUAUGACUAAGAGUUAUUUAAAACAGGAAGAAAAUUAUUUUUUGGAUAAAAACGUUAGUUAUUUUACGAAAUAUUCAAAUAUAGCCUUAAGAUUACUUGGAUUAGAUUUAAGCGAACCGUUUUGUGGACAUAUGGACUAUAUGAAUCCCAUUUUGUUAUUUACUGCCAAGUCAAGCUUCGAGGAAUCAACUCCUAAAUUCCAAAAUAAAAAUUACACGGAAACAAUUUAUCCCUCGUUUACUUGA